AUGUAUGAAGAAAAUACCUACUGGAAAAACGUCCUGACCAUUGUGCCCAUUGUGGGUUCCGGAGUGGCUACCAUAAUCUAUUUCUUGCGCCUGUUUGCUCGUCGUGUGGGAGGAACAACGAGAUGGCAGCUGGAGGAUAUCCUCAUGGGGAUUGGAGUGCUGAUCUCUUACGGCGCUACGGCCUUUGUCGUCUACACCGCCUUCAAUGGCGUUGGCUUGCCGACUAGCACCCUCCCUCCCGAUGAGCGUCGACGCGUCCAAUUCGGUUCCUGGAUGAUCCAGAAGUUCUGGGCACCAUCAAUGGCGUUCAUUAAGAUCUCGAUUAUCGUCUUCCUCCGUCGUUUGCUGGGAACGUUGACCUUCUACCGCGCUUUUACAAUGGGCCUAAUUGUAUUCGUCACCUGCUGGGCAUUGGCGGCUCUGUUGGUUAAUAUCUUCCAAUGCUGGCCGGUCCAGUAUUACUAUGACAAGGAUCUGAACGGACAUUGUAUGGGACACCAGCGGGAAUUCUUCCAGUGCAUGGGGUCAUUGGCAUUGAUCGAGGAUGUGUUCAUCUUAUGUCUACCGAUUCCGGUGGUUUGGCGGUUGAAGAUUACCAUGCGACAAAAAUUCGCUGUGACUUUCGUUUUCUCCUUGGGCGGACUGGUCUGCAUUUUCAGUCUGCUACGUCUCAUUGAGUUCCGCAGGUUCAUUGUCACCGACCUGGCCUCAUCUAGUGCCCUGGAAUCCAUCUGGACCGUGCUCGAAAUUAACGUCGCCAUCAUUACCGGUUCGCUGCCGCUGUUGAGGCCAUUACUCCAGGGUAUCUUGGGUCGUAUGCGCUCCAUCAGCAAUAGCAAACGUUCACACCACUCCAACAGCAGAUACUAUCACCGACCAUCCAUGCCGACGCCGCCAGUUGAUCUGCACAAAUACUUCGAUCCCCGACCACUGGACCAUAGCACCACGGUGAAGUCAUCGGCAAAGGAGACGACAAUGCCGCCUGAUCAGUUCUAUAACUACGAAAGAGAUGAUGAAGGCCACCGGACCUCCGAUGUUGAGCUGCAUGGAAUUGCGGUCACGACGGGGGUAGACCAAGAUGUUGAAGACAAGUCUGAUAUUGGCAAUGCAGAGCCGGUUUCCAAUCGGAACUGGCCGUUGUAA